CCCAUCGCUGAUUGUUCACAGCUGCGGUGAUAUGUUCAGAGGCUGCAGGACAUCACCCCUCCUUCCAAACCCGUCCGAGGCCAAGAAUGGAUCGCAAGCUUCAGACAACCUCUUUAUGGUGGAUUAUCGUCCUCAUCUCACUUUUCAAACUCACAGAAAGCCGGUUAAUGUACAGCCGAGGCUCCAGCGCAGCAAACUCCCACAUCCCGAGCAGGACUCAUGGUGACAUCCAGCUUUCGCUGAAAGCGGUUAAACAGCAGCAAAGCGCGGAGCUCAGCGCUCGACCUCGACCUGUCGUGGUCAGCUGCCACCCAGACUCAAUGGAGGUUGUGGUGCAGGCGGACAUGUUUGAUCAAGGCCUUCAGGUGGACGGUAGACAUCUGCGCCUGGGCUCAGAGUCCCUGAGAGAGAGGGGAGCAUGCGCAGCAGUCCCAUUAGAAGAGGAGAAAUUCGUCAUCCGGGCCCACCUGAUGGAUUGUGGAACCAAACACUCAUCGACAAAAGAAAAGAUAAUCUAUUCCAAUGUUCUGGUCUACUCACCUGAACCUGCAUCUGACGGUUUACUUAGACUGGAUGGAGCAAGUAUUCCAGUUGAAUGUCAUUAUGAAAAGAGGUACGUUGUGUCUGGCAUUUCCCUGCAACCCACCUGGGUUCCUCUGGUCUCUGUAGCCUCAGCUGAGAAUCAGAUAGAUUUCAAUCUGUUACUCAAGACCGAUGAUUGGAGGUUUGAGAGGGGAUCUUAUUCUUACUUUCUGGGUGACCCCGUUCAUUUCGAAGUUUCUGCUGUCGUUGGUAACCACAUGCCCCUGCGGGUCUACGUUGACCGCUGUGUUGCCACCGCAACCCCUGAUGCUGACGCUGCUUUAAGAUACGACUUUAUUGAGCAGCAUGGAUGCCUUGUUGAUGCUUACAUGACAAACUCCAGCUCCCGUUUCCUAUCAAGAGUUGUAGAACACAAGCUCAGGUUUCAGCUUGAUGCCUUCAGGUUCUACCAGGAGCCCAGCAAUGAGGUCUACGUUACCUGCUAUGUUAAGGCACUUCCAGUCAUGUCAACAAUGGGCUCACACAACAGGGCCUGCUCUUUAAUUGACAACAGAUGGAGGUCAGUUGAUGGGAAUGACCAGGUAUGUAGAAGCUGCGAUGUCUCCCAUCGUGUUGAGGAGCCUCUGUCCUCAGAAACGCCUAAAACUACCAUCAGCAGCAACACAUGGCCCUCUAUGACGCCAGAGGGGAGCUUGGCACAGAACAGACCUGAACAACGCCCGGCCAGUUAUUUUCGUUUUCGUCCAAGGGGACACCAGAGCCCACACAACAAACGUCACCAAUCGUCUGCCGGACUGAUGAAGAGAGCAGCAGAGUACAAAGCAGAGCAAACUGUCCAUUUGGGACCCAUUACUGUGUUGCCACCCAGCAAAAGUGACGUAAGGCUAGCAAAAACUGCACCAGGGAACAGGACCACCUGAAACCCAUGAUAGCAGAGUGGAGACUGUUGGAGAUUUACAUUAUAUCAGCAACAUUUCAGACACAAGUCACCACCCCCCGCGUAUGCACACAUUAAUCUGCACAUACACUGUGAAUAAUCAUCUCACCUGAAAUGAAGAUUGUUUUUUUUUUCUGUGAGCUUUACUCUCAACCCUCUGCAAACAUUUCCAUUAACUUUGCUACAGUUCUUGUAUUUUUCCAUUAAAGAUUUUACAUUAA